AUGGUCUACAGUGGCUCUUCGAUGCCAUCGCAAAGCUCCUGUCGGCUGGACUUCUCACUUUUGAUCAUGGACUUUCUGGCACUUGGAUCUGUGCUGUUGGUCCAUGGCCCUGCACGAUUGGCUUCCACGGUCUCCGCUUUGGACUUCCUGCAUCUGGACUCCACCCCGUCAGUCCGAAGUCUUGCUCGGUCUGGAUCCAUUCCAUCAAUUCGCAGCUCCAUUCAUGUGGGCUUGGCCUUUCCUCUUUGUGGCUUGGGCCACCUGGAGUUCACACUUUUUGCCUUGGAUCCUGUGCAGCUGGGAAGCCUUCUGUUGCUUCGAGGCAGUUCCAUACUGCUGCAAGCAACGGCACAGCUUGGUUUGUAUUUUUCAAUUUUUGGGGAAAGUUGUUCAGACUUGACCUUGCUGCUCUUCGACUGUACCACUUUGGGCUUCUUGAUGUUCAUCCGAGCCUUGGCCUGCUCUGGAUUUUACUUCUUGCCCUUCAGUCGUGCGCUGUGCGGACCAAGCUUGUCGAUUUUGGAUUUCCUUCACUUGGAAAGCUUGAUGUUAGCAAGAAGCUUCAGCAGGGUUGGAAGUGCUGUGUCAAUCUUGGAUUAUUUGCAUAUCGAUUCCUCCAUGCCCUCGCAAAGUGUGCUGCAACUGGACUCACCUUUCUUGGUCUUCAGCAAUGCACGGCUUGGAUUUCUGCUUUUUGCUUUGGAUUGCAUUGUGAUGGGCUUGGCCUUUUCCUUGCAAAGCUUUGCCCACUUUGAGCUGCCGAUGUUGGUUUCAGACUUCGUUGGACUUGGUUCCUCGGUGUCUCUCAGAAGCAUGGUGUGUUGUGAUAGUUUGGUCUUUGUCACGUCCCGUGGUCGAUUUGGUUUUUCACUCCUCAUCUUAGAUUGCGUAGCGUUGGAAAGUUUCCUGUCACUCCGAAGUGCUGCCAGACCUGGAUUUGGGUUCUCGAUCUUCGGAAGGACGACCUUAGGCUUUUGCAUGUUGGUUUUGGAUCACGUGACUCUGGACCUCCCACUGUCAAUUCAAUCUCUCAGCUAUUUGGGCUUCUCAGUGUCUAUCUUGGCAUACUCUGACUUCGACUUUACAGUGCCUUUGAGACCCUCCGGAUACUCAGAACCUGUCUCUCCAAUCUCUGGUGAAGCGCGUCUUGACUUCCGGUCCUCAAAUUUUGAUUUUGCCGCCAUGGGUUUGAGCGCGUCACUGAGAUCGAUGGCUUGUCUUGGCUCGAUGAUGUUUCUCUUUAGCAAGUUGACUCUGGGUUUAAUGCCUUUGGCACUGGAUAGUGUUCAUUUGGGAUUCAGUUUGUCCACAAGGAGUCUUGCACGCUCGGGCUUUUCACCUUUUGUUCUGGAUCUCUUCAGGCCAGAUCCUUGCAUGUUGGUGCAAUCGAUGAUGCGUGUUGGUUUGGCUUUCUUAGCUUUCUCCACAACCCGAUUUGGCCUAGCACCGUCAUUGUCGGAGUAUGCGAAUCUUGACUUUGUCGUGUCACUCAGAUCCUUCAUGCAACUCGGAUUCACUCCACUGGUCAUGGACUUUGCAAAGAUGGGAUCCAUUCUGUUGCCGAGAACCUAUACCAGAUUUGAACUGUUCAUGUCCUUGUUCGGUAGAGCUUGCUUUGGCUUCGUGUUGCCGGUCCUGGAUUCUUUGCAUCUUGGAAGCUUCCUGUUGUCACGAUCCAUUGGCUGUUUCGGUUCCUCUUCCUUGAUAUGGAGCAGGUGGUCACUUGACUCAGCCUUUUCUGUGUUGGACCACAUGGAUUUUGACUUCACUUCAUCCCUUCAAAGCUCUGCCCGCUUGGACUUCACUCUGUUCCUCUUGAAAUGUGCAGAGCUGGACCUGUCCUUAUUGUCGUUAGAUUUCAGUGAGCUGGGCUUCAUCAUGCCAUUCAGAGAAGCCUCAUGUUUUGGACCUUCCCUGUUCACAUUUGGCAUUGCUCGCUUCGACUCUGCCCUAUCGGUGUUGGACCUUAUGCAGCUAGGAUUGUCUGUCUCCAUGAAGAGCAACUGUCAUGUGGAUUUAUAUUUCUCAGUGUCCGGCACUGCGUGCUUGGGAUCUAGUCUGUUCGUCUUCGACAUGAGUGCACUUGAAUCACCAAUGUCAUUGAGAUCAUUCGGCUACCUGGGUUUCGCUAUGCUCCUUGCUGCACUUGCUCGGUUUGAUUUGACAGUAUUUAUUUUUAACAUGGCGAUGUUGGGUUUCUCCACAUCUGUGCGGGCUUGCGCUCGAGCAGAGCCACUCUUGUCUCUGUUCAGCAUGAUGUGUCUUGAACUCAGUUUGCUAAUGCCGGAUUCUUCAGCUCCAGGGUUCUCGAUGUUUAUGCAAUUGCUAGGGAAAUCAGGUUCAAAUCCAUCAGUCUUCGGAGCGACUUACCUGGAAUCCACGCUAGCCAUGUUGGACCCUAGUCACCCAGGCUUGAUUUUGUCCAUCAGGGGAUCAUCCCAACUAGAUUCCACCACGUCUGUCUUUGCUGGCAGAAUUGGAACCCUGGUCUUGGUCUUGGAUUUCCUCCACAUAGAACCUCUGUUGUUGAUGAGGGGUGCAGUCCAACUUGACUUCACCUUUCUUCCAUUCAGUGCUGGAAGGCUAGGUUCAACUUCUUUUGUUUCAGACAUCGGCUGCCUUGGCCCCUCCUCAUCCAUGCAAAGCUCGGGACGUUUAGACCUCACUUUGCUGAUUUUUGAUACAGUUCGCAUGGGCUUCAGCCUACCUCUCUCAGGUGUCUAUGAACUUGAUUUCUUGAUGUUUGUGAGGGCAUCAAGCCGUUUUGGCAGCGCUCUAUCUGUCAUCACUGCCGUCCGCUUGGGGCUCUCACUGCUGGCUUUUGACAUCGCCGAGUUUGACUCAGCAUUCUCAUCUCAAAGCAGGACAUGUCUUGGUUUCGCAUCAUUCCCAAUUGGCCGUGGGCGCUUUGGAUUGCUCAUGUUGAUCUUGGACCAUUUGAGGCUUGAUCCUUCCCUGUUUUUCCAAAGUCCCACAAACAUGGGAUUGCGGUCCCCAACUUUUGGCAAGAUGGUUGUGGGUAGCUUUGUACCAGUCUUUGACUUCGCUUCCCUUGAAUCCAUGUCGCCAGUGCGAUCUUCUGCUCAUUCAGACCCUUUGUUGUUGACCAUCGGACUUUCGAGACACGAAUUGUUGACGUCACUCCUGGAUCUUUUGAACUUGGGAUUGAGUCUGUCCUCGAAGUAUUUCGCAUGUCCUGGCCCAAGCAUGCUGCUUUUUGGAGUGUCACGCUUUGAAUUCCGACUCUCAGUAUUUGACUUAGCAGCUUUAGAUUCUUUUCUGUUGAUUCGCAGCAUGGGGCAUUUGGGUUUCUCGCCAUUGGUCUCUAGGGAAGCCUCCGUGGACUCCUUGAUGUUUCCCCUGGACUUUUUGUCACUGGGCUCCUCAACUCCACCACAAAGCACGGCCCGAAUGGACUUGACCACGUUGCUAAUCAGCUGUGCAAGACUCGACUUGGCACUGCUCAUGCUGGAUGUUAUGAAAAUUGAUUUUCCACUUCCCAUCAGGAGCUUUGCUCAACUUGACUCAAGAUUCUUGACCUUCAGUACAGCACGUCCAGCGCUACCCUUGUUCAUCUCCGAUUGCACGGCCCUGGGAUUCUCCUCAUCACUCAGAGCCCCAAGCAGAUCAGAACUUCUGAUGUCGAUCUUCGACAGAGUUCAUCUUGGUCCAAGCAUGUUACCCCUUGACGUCGCAGAGUUGGGAUCGUUCCUUUUCAUCAGAGCCUGCGUGCGUACAGGUCCAGUGAUGUCGGUUUUCUCCUGUGUUCGCUUCGACCUUUCCCUUCUGGUGCUUGAUAGUGUUCACUCAGGAUCGUCGCUUCCAAUGCAAUCCCUUGUGUGGCUUGGAUUGAUGCUGCUGAUGCUGGAUGUCGCACAUUUGGGUUUGGCCAUGCCAUUGCAUUCCUUUUCUCGUUUGGACUCUGUGUUUUUCGCCUCCAGUUCUGUCAGGCUGGGCUUCCCUCCCUCUGCCCUUGGUUGUGCAGAGAUGGGAUUCAUGACGUUCUUCAGGAGCUGUGCUCAACCUGAUUUCACCAUUUCAAUCUUUGGCCAUGCGCGUGCAGACCUGAACCUGAGCAUCAAAAGCUUCGCUUGUUUGGGCUUUAGUCUCUCAGUCUUCCAAGCAGUCAGAUUGGGUUUGUUGCUGUUGGUACUGGAUCCUGCACGGCUUGGCUUCUCGAUUCCACUCCAAAGCUUUGCCUGUUUGGGAUUGGCCACGUUUGUGAUGGAUCAUGCAAGAAUGGAAUCCUCACCGUUGAUGCGAAGUGCAGCUCGUUUCGGACUCAUUUUGCCCGCCUUUGGAAUGACGUGCUUCGGUUUGAACUCAUCAGCUCUGGAUUCUCUGAAUUUGGACAGCUCUUUGCCACUACAAAGCUUCUCCUGGUUGAGCAAAAAAGCAUCGGUCUUUGGUACUCUCAGAUCUGACUCUCCAACGUUGGUGUUAGACUUUUUGCAACUGGGCUUACCACCGUCGGUGCAACAGCUCAUGCGGCUCAUGUCUACAUUCUUUGUCCUAGGCCUUUCACAGUUUGACUUGUUCCUGUUCAUGUUGGACCUCAGUAGUUUUGAGUCCAUUCUGUUUGCACGCUCCCUUGCUCGGCCUGACUCCGUUUUGUUCGCGUCCGACCGCGCGAAGUUGGACUUGUCCAUAUCCUUACGAGCGACGACAUGGCUUGAAUCAAUGCUUCUGCUUUUUGAUGCUGUGCGUCUUGGCUUGGGCAUGUCAGUCUUGGACUUUCUGCACCUUGGCUUUCUGUCACCUGUGCAAAGCUCUCAACGUCCAGAACUCACAAUUUUCUUCUGCGGUUUCCUGUGGCUAGGCCCCAUGAUGCUUACUCUUGAUUUGGCCACGUUUGAAUUAUUGCUGCUAGUGAGAAGUUCAGGUCAUGCAGAACUGACCUUUCCGAUUUUCGGAGCUGCCCAAAUGGACUUUUUGAUUCUAAUCCUGGACCAUUUGCGCCCAGCCCUUUCCUCACCAUUGAGGUCACUUGGUUGUCUAGAAAUGUCGUUCUCAGCCUUUGGUGCUGUUCGUCUGGGCUUUCCAAUUCCAGUUCUGGACCCUUUGCACCCGGGCCUAGCCUUGUUUGUGCGCAGUUUUACAAAGUCGGGUCUGUCAGCACUACUGCUGGACGGUUGUCGCCUUGACUCGGCGAUGUUUCUGCGAUCUAUGGCACAUCUGAGCUUUUCCUUCUCCGCCUUCAGCGCAGGCCAACCAGGCAGCUUACCGUUGGUCCUAGACUUUGCUUUGGCUGGUUCUACCCUUCUUCUCCGCAGCUCUGUUUGGCUGGAGCUUCCUUCACUGGCUUUGGAAGCGGCAAAUUUCGAUUCGCCGAUCUCAUCGCAAAGUUUUGCUUGA